AUGUGGGCCCCAACACUCCAAGCUCCCUUUACAGUGAAGCUGCCUCAUCUCCUUCUCCAACCUUCUCUAACCUCCAACACGACUCUCCUCCCCAUCACAGCAGCUCAAACCACAACAAGACCCAGAAGAAGACGAGCACGCCUCUCUUUCUUUCGAGCCCAUCUCCAAACCCUCAAGCCCAAACCACGCCCUCACCGUACAUUCCUCACCAGAGCCACUAGUGACGAUGCUGACGCUGAUGCUGGUCAUCAAACACGCACGGGUAUGGAAGAAAGAGAGUCUUCCAAUGUUAGUGAUGGUUAUGUAGCCCUUUUUAUUCGGAUGCUUGGGCUGGACCAUGACUCUCUUGACAGAGAACAAGCAGUAGUUGCGCUGUGGAAAUAUUCACUUGGUGGGAAGAAGUAUAUUGAUGCCAUUAUGCAGUUUCCUGACUGCAUACAUUUGAUUCUGAACUUAUUGAGAUCAGAGUCCAGCUCUACUUGUGAAGCUGCUGCUGGUCUGUUGAGGUCAAUAGCGCUUGUUAAUUCGUAUCGGGAUUUGGUGGCCAACAGUGGAGCCAUUGAAGAGAUUACAGGGCUGCUUACUCGAGCUUCGACCACUUCUGAGGUGAAGGAGCAAGCUAUCUGUACAUUGUGGAACUUGAGUGUGGACGAGAAGUUCAGAAUGAAGAUUGCUAACAGUGAUAUCUUGCCAUUACUGGUUAAGUCCUUGGAUGAUGAGGACAUCAAGGUGAAGGAAGCGGCAGGAGGGGUUUUGGCAAAUUUGGCAUUAAGCGAAUUUAAUCACGGCAUUAUGGUUGAAGCUGGUGUUAUACCAAAAUUGGCAAAGCUCUUUAGAACUGACAUUGAAGGAUCUAAAGUAAUUAAAAAGGAAGCAAAGAAUGCUUUGUUGGAACUAUGUAAGGAUAGAUAUCAUAGAAUUACUAUCAUAGAGGAAGGUCUUGUUCCAGUACCCAUGAUUGGUGCAGCUGCUUAUAAGGCAUUCAGACCAGGUCUUUAUUCAUGGCCUAGUUUGCCAGAUGGUACACAAAUUGAGCAGACUUCUAACACUCCUUCCAGGUUUGGCGCCUCUGAGUUACUCAUUGGAUUACAUGUCGAUGAUAAGAAUGCAAACAUAGAGGAAGCAAAGAUGAAUGCAAUAGUUGGACGGACACAGCAACAGUUUCUGGCUCGUAUUGGGGCCAUCGAAAUGGAUGAUGAAAAGAAACAGUCUGAAAUAGUAACUGGUCAACAACUCACACUUUUGCCAUGGGUGGACGGAGUGGCUAGACUGGUUUUGAUUCUUGGACUUGAAGAUGAGUCGGCAAUAGUGAGAGCUGCUGAGUCAGUUGCUGAUGCAUCUAUAAAUGAACACAUGCGGAUAUCAUUCAAGGAAGCUGGGGCAGUUAAGCUCUUAGUUCAGCUUCUAGACAGUAAGAAUGAUGCUAUCAGACUAGCAGCAAUUCAAGCUCUAGAGAGGUUGUCUGUCAGCCAUGUUGUUUGUCAAAUAAUUGAAGCUGAAGGUGCCUUAGAUCCUUUGGUUAAUAUUUUAAAGAACCCAGAGAUCCCUGAAAUAUUGAUGGAAAAGGCCUUGGAUAUUCUUGGAAGGAUCUUAGAUCCUAGUAAAGAGAUGAAGUCAAAGUUUUAUGAUGGACCAGUAAAUGGAUCAAGGGGUUCAGAUGCUGCAAGAGGUUCUCAUGGUUCAAAAGGAGUAACUGGAGAUGUAACUCAUACACCUAUUUCAAAAACAAAUCCCAGGGAAAAUGUGCUUGAUUCUGUGGUUAUCACUCGUCUUCUCGAGAUAUUAAAGACCCCAACCCCGAGAUUACAAAGAAAAGCUGCUUCCAUCCUCGAGUUCUGUACAGUUAUUGACCCAAGCAUGGAAACCAUCACUUCAGUGGAUAUAGAAUCUGGUUUGGAUGUUGUACUCCAGCAAAAGGUCCUUGAAGACAUGGAAUCUGAAGUAGAUUAUCAGCAGCCAGGGAAACAUGUCCUGGAAGUUGAAGAAGCCGGUCUUGUUAUAUCAGCAGCCUCCCGGCUAUUAACAAAACUGCUAGACUCUGACAGGUUUUGCCAAAAGAUAGACACUGCCCAUUUCACCAAAUUGCUCUGCAAUAUUCUGAAGUCUGAUAUUCCCGUCCGCAACAAAGAUUGGGCUGCUGGUUGUUUGGUGAAACUUGGUUCUCUUUCUGGUCCCAGACUAAAUGUCGAUGACCCAAUCAACAUGGAAGUAACUCUCCACGAGACUAUUCCCAGACUCAUGGAGCAGCUCAAGACCUCUUUCUCCCUGCAGUCAAAGGAAGCUGCCGUUAUAGAACUCAACAGAAUAAUCUCUGAAGGGGUGGUUGAUUCCACUCGAGCAGUUGCUGCACAGGGAGGAAUUUUUCCUUUGGUGGAACUGAUUGAAGAAGGUAGUGACAGGGCUGUCGAAGCAUGUUUGGCUAUAUUGUAUAAUCUUAGCAUGGACAGUGAGAACCAUUCGGCAAUUCUAUCUGCUGGAGCUGUACCAGUUUUGCGGAGAAUAGUUCUAUCAGAAAGACCACAGUGGAGACGGGCACUACAUUUACUGAGAACUCUACCUACAUUAGAAAGCAGUGCCUAACAUUUUUAUCCUUGUUCAUCAGUUUUGUCAUCAUUGAACUUUACUGAAGCCAGUGAAGAGUUUAUACAUAUGUGAUAUAUUUUUACUCAGAAAGGUUCAUAAUUUUGAAUGACUUCUACCCUUAAUCGGAA